AUGGCUGAAGCAGAGAAAACUCAAUGGACUGGCAAGGCCAUAGUGGCUCGCGACACACUAGCCAACAAAGGCUGGAAGAUGGAAGAGGUCACCACGCAAGAGAUCAAAGAGGAUGAAUUACUCGUUGAAUUGGUCGCGAGUGGAAUUUGCCAUACAGAUAUCAUGUGUGGUUCAGGCACUGGGAACCCAGAUCUGUUUUACUACCCUCGAGUUCUUGGGCACGAAGGUAAGAAAAGUGACGCCAAAGUCCUGCACACAUGCACGCAACUGCUAACAAAUUCGCAACAGNGAUCGGGCUAUGUCAAGGCUGUGGGCUCGAACGUCUCGGUCGCAAAACCAGGAGAUGCGGUCUUGUUGUCAUUUGACUGGUGCGGUAACUGCGAGUCUUGCAAAGGUGGCUUGCCAUCGCUGUGCUACGAGAGCAUGCCGUUGAAUUUUGGCAACAAGGCUACCUUCAGAUCUGCCAGUUCCACAGAUACGACAGAGAUCGCUGGCAAGUUCUUUGGCCAGUCUAGUUUCGCUCGCUAUAGCGUGGUGAAGCAAAACAGCGUUGUCAAUGUCACCAGUCUCGUUGAGAGUAAGCAAGAAUUGCAAGCCUUUGCUCCUUUGGGCUGCGGUUUCCAGACCGGAGCUGGCACCGUCGUCAAUGUCGCAAAGGCUACACCGAAAGAGUCGAUCGUGGUGCUUGGCCUGGGAGGUGUUGGCUUGAGUGCUAUUAUGGCCGCAAAGCUUUCUGGCUGCAGAACCAUCAUCGGAAUCGAUCGUGUGGAUUACCGUAUGGAGACAGCAAAGUCGCUGGGUGCUACGCAUGUGAUUGACACAUCAAAGCUCCAAGAUGGCAAAACUGUCAUUGAGGCGGUUCAAGAACUUUGCGAAGGUGCUGGUCCUGCGAUCACCAUCGAUACGACGGGUGUACCGACCCUCGUCAAAGCUGCUAUCGAGAUGACACGAAAGGGUGGUAAGAUCAUCCAAGUUGGGUCGACACCACCAGAUUUCCAGGUCGAACUGCCAGCAUUUUUGUUCAUGAAUAGCGGCAAGGCAUAUAUGGGAGCGAUUGAGGGUAACAGCAUAUCUUCCGAGUUCAUUCCAAAGAUGAUAGGGUGGUAUCGCGAAGGCAAGUUUCCAUUCGAUAAGCUGGUCAAGCUUAUGCCAGCAGAGGAGUUUGAGAGGGGUAUCAACGAGAUGCACACGGGCGAGACGGUGAAGCCCAUCAUUACUUGGUCUUAG